AUGAAAGAUUUUGGUUUUACAGGCGGGCGUCCGGAUCCGCAUACAUUCCCGACGGAAGGGUUAAUUGCAGCGAGUGAAAAGGCUCUCCGUAAGUUGGGUGGCGAUCUGGUUAACUAUCCGGGCGAAUCAGGCUAUCGGGGAUUGCGGGAACUGGCAUCAAUGCGGUUUGAAAGACGCGAGGGUGUCCCGCUGCCGAUUGAUAACAUCUCAAUUACCUCAGGCUCCAUGCAGGCACUGGAAUUGGUACUCGGGACGUUGAUUAACCCCGGCGAUACAGUGCUGACAGAGGAAUAUACUUACGGCGGUACCUUGGGUAUCAUGCGGCACUUCAAGGCGAAUAUCGUGGGAGUGCCGAUGGACUAUAUUGAUGGCAUGAAUAUGGAUGCGCUGGAGGCGAAACUCGCGGAGCUCAAACGUCAGAAUAUCCGCCCAUCGUUCAUCUAUACGACAUCGAACCAUCAGAAUCCGACAGGUGCGAUUCUCUCGCUUGAGCGCCGUCAUCGGAUGUUAGCCUUGGCGGAAGAAUAUGAUACACGCAUCGUUGAAGAUGAUUGCUACGGCGACAUUGACUUCACAUCGACACCGACACCGGCUUCACUUUUUAAGUUAGAUACUUCCAAUCGGGUGAUUUUCAUCGCAACUUUCUCCAAGAUUUUAGGAGCAGGUGUUCGACAAGGGUAUUUUGUGGCGAGAGAGCCGUAUUGGGGACAAAUUCACCAGAAUCGCUGGGACGGCGGGACGAGCGCGUUGGCGAGUGCGAUUGUUGCUGAAUUCUUCAUGGAGCACUUGGAAGUGCAUCUUGUGAAGACGAAUGCGGCUGUGGGUGCGAAAUGUCGCGCAGUGGUGGAGACGCUUGAGAAGCAUGUCAGUGAUCUCUGCACAUGGACACGACCCCGCGGUGGGCUCUUCCUCUGGAUAGAUCUGCCGGAGACCACGGAUCUCAACAAGUUACAGGAACUUGCCUCGGCAAAAGGGGUCGGAUAUAGCAACGGAAGUGCUUUCCAUUAUGCAAGCGAGUCCGUAAAGGCGAUUCGACUGGCGUAUGCUUAUUGCCAUGUGGAUGAUAUUCCUGAAGGGAUUACUUAUUUGUGCGAAGCGAUUCGUGCGGCGCAAGUGAACUCAGUGGAUGUCGCGGCAGGAGAUUAG